CCAUCAUGCCGCCAUCUCCCUACUCACCGGCCGACACAUAGCAUGGCUUCCUCCUCCUCCUCUUGUUCUAGCUUUCCGCUCAUAUCAUUAACCUUCUACUCCUUGCUCUUUCUUAUCGUGGUCCAGCAGGUGGCGGCCCAGUACCCGGCCAUGACGUUGACCGUGGUCAACAACUGUCCUUUCACGGUGUGGCCGGCCGUCCAGCCCAACUCCGGCCACGACGUUCUCGAGAAGGGCGGCUUCGCCCUCUCGACUCUGACCCACCGGUCCUUCCCUGCCCCGACCCACCACUGGUCCGGCCGCAUCUGGGGUCGGACUGGCUGCACCUUCUCCGGCGGCCGCUUCUCCUGCGCCACCGGCGACUGCGGCGGCCGCCUCGAGUGCGGCGGCCUCGGCGGCGCCGCCCCUGCCACCCUCGCCCAGAUCACCCUCCACCACGGCGGCCGCCGCGACCUCUCCUCCUACGGCGUCAGCCUCGUCGACGGCUUCAACGUGGGCAUGACCGUCACCCCACACGAGGGCAAGGGCCAGUGCCCCGUCGUCGGAUGCCGCGCCAACCUCCUCGCCACGUGUCCCGACGUGCUCCAGGUGCGGGCACCGGUGGGGGGCCAUGUGAUUGGGUGUAAGAGUGGGUGCCAGGCCUUCGGUACCGACGAGCUGUGCUGCCGGAACAAGUACAACAACCCUCGCACGUGCCGGGCGUCGACAUACUCGGAGUUCUUCAAGCAUGCGUGCCCGGCUACGUUUACGUACGCUCACGACAGCCCCUCGCUCACCCAUGACUGCGAGUCUCCCAAAGAGCUUAAGGUCAUCUUUUGCCACUGAUCCUGAAUGCUGCUUUCAUUUGUAGUCUCUUUCUCUCUGUUGUUAGGAACUUGUGGCUCUUUAACGUUCUAGUAGCAGUCUCUAUGUUGUUAUUUUCUUCUACAAAGGUUAAGAUGUGGAUGGGCCGAUGUAAUGGCCAGCUUAUGGUUGUAUGGUGAUCUGGUAGCGUUAAAAGAAUAUGUAUUAACUUUGAACUUUUAAGAUAAGUUUUGGUUUGAUUUGGGAGUGGGGAAA